UUUGUUUUGCAUAAUCGCAUUUCGUAGAAAUACCGUGGGGAAGAUUUAAGAAAACAAGUGAAACGAUAGAAUAAAAUGUGAAUUAGUGACCGUAAAUAAGACUUGGCUUAAAGGUCUCGUUACCAGGCCAUAAAAUUAAAAAAAAAAGAAAUGCAUUUCGUAGUUUUACUGUUUUGGUAAACUAAAAUGUAAACAAACUUAUCCCUAAGAUAAAUAUAUUAACUGAUUAUUACUAUGGAUGUAGAAGCUAAAAUAAAGGAAGACAUGAAAGCCCUUGGCUGCACAAGUGAACAAAAAAUCUCUCUAGCACUUUAUUUAUACGUAACUUUAGUGGAUGAUCGACUUAUGUACGAUACUGAAUAUUGUUAUAAUACAGACAUAGAUACGCUUUACAUCGUUGCGAGACCAAAUAAAUUGCACAAAAUGAAUAUAUAUGUUCCAAUUCCAUCAAGUUUUGACCUAUCAUUAGAUUACAUAGGUAAGCUACAAGAAAACUUAUGUACCGUUGAGACAGGCCCUUCUAUAAACCUUGCUAUCUUUGAAGAGGACUUUACCAUGAAUAUUUAUACAUUUACAAAAAAUUUGGAACCUCGUCAAAGCGACGAAAAAGCAACAAAGUUGAAAUUGAAAGAGGAGCGACGCACUUUUAUUAAUGGUGAAUUAAAGAAACACAAAGAAAGUAUUUUGAAUGAUGCUCUCAAUGGUGGCUUUGUUGAUGAUGAUGAUUGUGAAAUUGUAGGCUGAAUUCUUACAUCUCAAGAUUAGACAUUUGAAAAUAUAAAUGAUAAUUUUAGUUUUCAUUCUCCAAUCAUAUAUCUACAAUAUAUUUGCAUCAUCAUGAA